GCUCCGUACCAGCCCAACGGGCGCGUGGGAAUGGUGCGAGUCACGUGUGCGGCGCGCUCUCCUUUGUGUUGCGAUGUCCCUGUGGGGAUUGACAGGUGGCCGCGCCCAUCUCACGCGAUCCCUUGGUGUUAUCCCAUUAAGCUCUUCUGGAGCAUUCUGACAGCCGCGAGUGAUAACCCGCCGAGAUACUCCCUACUUGCUCAAAUCAUUAAUUUGGAUCUCAAAAUGGCUGACUCAGAUAUCAAAGUUAAAGAAUUGGAAAAGCGUGCUUCAGGCCAAGCAUUUGAGCUUAUUCUGAGUCCUCCAUCAACUGAUGCAGCUCCUGAUCUUUCAAUAUCUUCUCCAAAGAAAAAGGAAUGCUCAUUGGAAGAAAUUCAGAAGAAGUUGGAGGCUGCAGAGGAGAGAAGGAAGCUACAUGAGGCAGAGAUUCUGAAACAACUUGCUGAAAAGCGUGAGCAUGAGAGAGAAGUUCUACAAAAAGCAAUUGAAGAGAAUAAUAACUUCAGCAAAAUGGCAGAAGAAAAGCUAACUUCAAAAAUGGAAACUAAUAAAGAGAAAAGAGAAGCUCAAAUGGCUGCCAAACUGGAGAGAUUGCGAGAGAAGGAUAAGAAAGUGGAAGAAAUUCGAAGGGGAAAAGAGUCCAAAGAUGUUUGUGAAAACUGAGUCAUUUUGUGUCAAUUGACCCCAGCAUUGCAAAGCUAAUAAUGCAGUCUCUCCCUCUCUACCCCCCACCCCCCUCCUGAUCUUUGUUCUGCAGCUGUGAUGUAAAUCCAGACUGUCACAUAGCAGCUCUUUAGCUGUUGCAUAUCACUGGUUAGAUCACAAGUCUAACAACUUAAGGGCCAACAGUGUGACAGUUCUGAUUUAGAUAGUUAAAUUGCACUCUGUUUGCUUGGAUAAUAAUUGAAUUGUAGCUUUUCAAUUAUCCAGCCUUCUAUCUGUGCCUGGUUUUGUUGUAUUGUACUGGAAAGUGUUGUGUGUUUUUUUUUUUUUUUUUUUUUUUUUUUUUGGGUGUGGGGUUUUCUAGUAUUAUGCCAGUGUUCAGACUGUUACAUAUUGCACUUAAAUCUCAAUGGUUCUGUCUAUUACUUGUAAUAGUUUGUCUAAAUAAAACCAUUUGUCAGAAGCCUUAA